AUGUCGAUGAGCAAGCUGCAGAUGCAGCUCAAGAAGAAGGACAAGGAGCGCAAGGCCGCGGGAAAGAAAGGCUCGAUCGUGUCGUCCGAGACCAAGGCCAAGUCGGCCGCGGACGCCGAGGCUUACAUCUGCAGCGUAUGCCGCCAGUCGUUCUCCGUCACGAGCCGCCCGCCCGUCCUCGUCACGCACGCCGAGUCUCGCCACCCAAAGCUUGCGCAGAGUCUUGAGCGCAACGAAUCAUCGACCACAACAAGCGAUAUGACGCUCUAG